UGAAGAGAAAAGAGAAAUUUAUUCUUAAUUUCUCUUUUAUCUUCGUAUAUAAAAAGUGAUUCUCGUUUUAACACUUCAAAACAAAUGUCUAUUGUCUAAACAAAUCAGUAGUUUUCCUUCAGAAGUCAUUGAAAGGACCCCGCGAAUGACAUUCUUUUCGUCAUACAACUCGACUCUGUAUCAUUUAAAAAACGUCACAGAGAUGUCCUCCCCUAUCAAUGAGGAGGACUUUUCUUUUGUUUAAUUGUCGCUAUUAUUGAAAGGACCAAAUGGCAGCAAUUAAAAAAAAAUAAAGGGGGGAAGGAAGGGAACCAUUUCCCAUUGAAACGACAACAGAUUUAAUCUCAAAAAAAAACUCUUUACAAAAGAAGAGAAUUAUACAAGUGAAUAACAUCUUCUAUCUUACGAAUUACUUUUAAAUAUUUACUUAUAGAAAUCCAUGAGGGGUUAAAUGAGAUUCCUCUGCAUCGGUUCCUUUGGCUCCUCCAUUGGCUCCUUACCUCUCUUCCUAUUGGUUUUCAACCGUCACGUGAACGAAAGGUUGACUCUUCGAUGGAGAAUCGAAGACCAAAUCGUCAUGGGUGGACUUUAUUAAAAGAGCAGCUUCUGCUUCGACACCAUUCUUUAAAACAAUACGUUUAACAAUACAAUGGGUAUUUCUACGUGACGUCAAUUAAAUCAAUGGCUGUAACUUGUGCUGCUUGUGAUGUUCGAAUUACCGAUCGUUAUUACUUGUUAGCAGUGGAUAGAGAAUGGCACAUGCAAUGCCUCAAGUGUUCCCUGUGUAAGGAACAAUUGGAUUCUCAAACGUCUUGUUUCUCUAGAAACGGCAAUAUCUAUUGUAAAGUCGACUACUACAAGUUAUUCGCCUCGAAAAAUUGUGCCAGAUGCCAUCUGACAAUAUCUGCAACAGAAUUAGUUAUGAGGGCACGCGAAUACGUCUAUCAUCUCCAUUGUUUUACAUGCGCCACGUGUAACAAGACACUAGCCAAGGGAGAAUACUUCGGUUUGAGGAACGAAAUUAUAUAUUGCAGGCUUCAUUACGAAUUGCUGAUGCAAUACGAAUUCCCUACGGGGGGUGGACUAGAAAGUGUCAAACCACUAAAGAAACCGAAGUGUGAAGUUCUGUGUUAUUUUCCAGUCAGAUUGCCAGAUAAAUCUUCCAACGAACGGACGGAUACAGGUUCGACCCGCGACGAGAACCAAGACAAUGGUAUCAUUCAAUUGCCAAAUGUUAAUAUAUCGACAGGUCAUCAUCAGAUGUCUCGUCCGAAACGGUUAAGAACCUCAUUUAAACACAAUCAAAUACGUACCAUGAAGUCUUAUUUUUCCAUAAAUCAUAAUCCUGAUGCCAAAGACUUGAAGCAAUUAUCUCAGAAGACAGGUUUAUCUAAGAGAGUCCUUCAGGUUUGGUUCCAAAAUGCCCGAGCUAAAUGGAGAAGAAAUCUAUUGAGACAGCAAACACUAGGACCUGAAAUCGUUCAGGAUUCUAAACCUUUAGUGGAGAUGACGUCUCAGGAACGUCACUGUACCCCUUUGUUGUCUACUACGGAACUUUUAGAGGUGCAACCGACACCCAUAACGCAAGUAGAACAAAAUUUUCAAAGUUUGGCCAACAUGCUUUGAAUGUUGUCUUCUGUUACAUAUCAUCAUGAAUAAAUA